CUCAUAAGACAUUCGUAUAGGACAUUCAAUCAUCGCAUCACUCAUUCAAGCAAUAGAAUCAUCAUCAUGUCUCCUCAACAACAAAGUAUCGCCAGAUUCUUUGGUGGUUCAGCUGCAAAUGUUCAAUCGGCAUCGUCAUCACCAGCCAAGAAGAAAAUUAAAUCAGAACAACUGGACGUGGUGAUUGCUUCAUCAUCUGUUACACCUCCUCCAUCUGAAUUCAAGGAUGAUACUGAUCCAAGUGAAAGUGAAGAAUUGAUUACUGAUAAAAAAUCAAACAAAGUUGAAUUGCAACAAGCAGAGGAAUUGAUCAAUUUAUCUCAAGUUGAACAAGUCAAACAUAAAGAUGAAGUACUUGGUGCUAAGAUCCCAUAUGCUAAAUUAACAGAAAUCUUUGAUAAGAUUGAAUCGGAGUCAUCCCGGUUGAAAAUCAUUAGUAUUGUCUCCCAAUUCUUUUUAGAAAUCUUACAACAAUCAUCGAUAGAUAAAUUAGUCAAGAUUGUUUAUUUGUUUAUUAAUAGAUUGGGUCCUGACUAUGAACCUGAUUUAGAAUUAGGGUUAGGUGAAACUUUGUUAAUCAAAGCUAUUAGUGAAUGUUAUGGGAGACCUCCAAGUAAGAUUAAAAAGGAUUAUCAAGAAGUUGGUGAUUUAGGUAGUGUGGCACAAAAAUCAAGAUCAGGUCAACCAACCAUGUUUAAACCUCAACCAUUGGAUAUUGAUGUGGUGUUUGAAAAUUUAACCAAUAUUGCUAAAUCUACUGGUAAAGAUUCUCAAUCUAAAAAGAUCAAUAUUAUAAAUAGAAUGUUAACUGCUUGUAAUAUAAAAUCCAAUGAAGCCAAAUUCUUAAUAAGAUCAUUAGAAGGGAAAUUAAGAAUUGGUCUUGCUGAAAAGACAGUAUUAAUAAGUUUGGCUCAAGCAUUUUUAAUCUAUGAAUCAAAAUCAUCGAAAAAGGUAAAUCCUGAAAGAUUGACUCAAGUUGAAGAUAUUAUAAGAGAAGCAUUUUCCACCAUUCCUAAUUAUGAAGUCAUAAUCACCAAAGCUUAUGAAUAUGGUAUUGAUAAUUUAUUAGAUCAUUGUCAAUUGACUCCAGGUAUACCUUUAAAACCAAUGUUGGCCAAACCAACUAAAUCAAUCACUGAAGUAUUGGAUAGAUUCCAAGGUGAAGAAUUCACUUGUGAAUAUAAAUAUGAUGGUGAAAGAGCUCAAGUUCAUUUAUUAGCUGACGGAACCAUUAGGAUAUAUUCCCGUAAUUCUGAAGAUAUGUCUCAACGAUAUCCUGAUUUAAUUUCAAUUUUGAGAGAAGUGUUGAAUUCAAAGGAAGCAGGUGUAUCAAUGGUAUUAGAUUGUGAAGCAGUAGCGUGGGAUAGAACAAAUAAUAAAAUCUUACCUUUCCAAGUAUUAUCCACUAGAAAAAGAAAAGAUGUUGAUGAAAAAGAUAUCAAAGUUCAUAUUUGUUUAUUUGCCUUUGAUUUAUUAUAUUAUAAUAAUCAAGCAUUAAUUACUAAAUCGUUAAAUGAAAGACGAGUAAUUAUGAAAGAAAACUUGAAUGAAAUUGAAGGAAGAUUCCAAUUCGCAACCGCUAGGAAUUCAUCUAAUUUAGAUGAAUUACAACAAUUCUUAGAUCAAUCUGUGAAAGAUGCUUGUGAAGGAUUAAUGGUUAAGAUGUUGAAUGGUAAAGAUUCAUAUUAUGAACCUUCCAAGAGAUCCAGAAAUUGGUUGAAAUUAAAGAAAGAUUAUUUACAAGGGGUAGGAGAUUCAUUAGAUUUAGUGGUGAUUGGAGGAUAUAUUGGUAGAGGUAAGAGAACAGGUAAUUAUGGUGGUUUCUUAUUAGCAUCUUAUAAUCAAGAUACUGGAGAAUAUGAAACUACUUGUAAAAUCGGUACUGGGUUUAGUGAUGAAGAUUUAAGUACUAUCCAUGCUCGAUUAAAACCUACUGAAAUAAGUCAACCAAAGAGUUAUUAUGUAUAUGAUACUAAUAAUUCAAAUGCUGUACCUGAUGUCUGGUUUGAACCAACGAUUAUAUUUGAAGUCUUAACGGCUGAUUUAUCAUUAAGUCCUAUUUAUAAAGCAGGCCAUCAAGAAUAUGGUAAGGGUAUUUCAUUAAGAUUUCCUCGAUUCUUAAGAAUUAGAGAUGAUAAGGGAAUUGAAGAUGCUACGAGUUCGACUCAAGUUUCUGAAUUUUAUGAAAGACAAGCCAACGUUGGUUAGAAAGAAUUAGACAAU